AAAAUACUAAAAUAAAUGGAUAAUGAUGGACGGUUCAUCUAUAAAGAGGAAAACAGCUUUCCUUUCCCAGCCCGCGUCGGCGUGACUUUUCUCCCAUUCUCUCCGCUCUCUUGCUCUCCCUCAACCUGUGUCGUUGGUUCGGGCUGCGCGUGUUGCGAGAUCGAUGACAGCAGUGGCCGCUCCACUGUCGGGUCUCCGGCGAUCGUCACCAUUCCACACCCAAGAUCGACGCAAGCCCUGCAAGACAUGCGUCUUUGCGGUUAUGUGAGUGGAUUAUUCUUAUCAAUACGGAAAGAUGGAUCUGUGGCAUCCUCCGAUGCUGAGGAAGACGAGGGUAAUUCCGGCAGCUUCCAUAGGUCCCCAGAGUUUCCGCAGCUCAAGAUGUCUUCUAAUCAAUCUAGUCUGGCGCCGAAGAUUCUUAAAAUCGACGCUUCAUGGGACGGAUCGAACUUUCGGUUUGACCGUCCGCAGCCUUCGGAUGAAGAAGGAAACUGGAAGCAUAAGAGAGCAUUCGGAAGAUUUAUUGCACGGGAGGCCCUUCUGAACGAAGAACUAUGGGCGGCAGCAUGGAUAAGGGCCGAAUGUCAUUGGGAGAACUCUUCAGAUGUUCGCUCUCUUGAUAUCUAUAAAAGACAAUUUGCAAAUAAGGAGUUUGAUGCAAUAAAGAAGAGGUGCAGCGCACAACAAGCUGAGAAAUGCAUUUGCAUUGUUGCGCAGGUAAAGAAGGAUGAUAAGAAUUCUAAGCGCACUGCACUGAGCAGCAUUAUUGGGACUCUGGAUUUAAGCAUACGACAACUGUUGGUUGGAGAAACAUUCCCUCUAGAGCGCAUAAAAGAACCUGCAUCCUGCAGUAUCUACCGAGCAAAUCAACCAAAAUAUGCCUACAUUUCUGAUUUGUGUGUUUCCAAGUAUUAUCGCCGCAAAGGCAUUGCAACAAACAUGCUACUUUUAGCUAAUGAGGCGGCCACAACAUAUGGUAUCAAGCAGAUAUUUGUGCAAGUGUACAGAGAUAACACGGGGGCUCAAAAGCUUUACGAUCAGAUAGGAUUUCGGGUUGUCCCAGAGGCUGACGGUCGUUUAGUAGCAGAAAACAAACAUUUGCUGAGUUUACAGAUCUGAAGAUUCUUCCUUACUGAUUGAUUCCUUGAUGUGAAAGUCCGUUACUGGGGAGGCAUCAUCCAAAAGUUACUGGCUCAUUCAUUCACAACCAUCUUAUGGCAGCAACUGUAGAUUCUCUUUCUCUUUCUCUAUCCCUAUUUUUUUCUGGGGGAGGGUGAGGGAGCAGUUGGAAACCUACAAAUCUGUAGUAAAGGAGUGCAUGUGCAUUCAUCAUCCAUAGAUUGAAACAGCUUAUAUAGUUUUUAA